GAAAUCUCGUGGCUGCUGUGGUAUAUCAAAAUGGUUAAAUACAUUUGCACAUCGUGGGUGGAAAUUCCUGAUCUCACAAGAAUUCGCCUCCACAGUUGAUAUUUCCACUGAAAUAAAAGCAUAAUUGUAGCUAUGGAAGAGGCAGUUCUACCUGGAUGUGCACAUAGUUGGAGAAAUGCUAAGGACAAAAGGAAGGCUUGGGCAAGAAGCAGAGACUCUUGGCAAAUCUCUGAGACAGAUGGCAGGUGUGUUGCCACAGAGACCACAGUGCUCUCAGAAGACAACAGUUCAGCAAAUCUAGAACUGUCUGGAACAUCAGCCGAAGAAAAUGGCAUAUCAAAUAAGAAGAUUGAAAUUUGGCUUCAAGAUUGUGGGACACCAUUGGGAGCAUCUUUGGAUGAACAAAGCCAGAUAGCGUUGAAAAGCACCGUUACAAAAAAUGGAUGUAGUUUUGAGGAUGACCUGUCGCUGGGUGCAGAAGCUAAUUAUCUUCAUUCUCGUAGUGACUCGAUGUCAGCACCAAGCCAUGGGACUUCGGCCAAGGAAAAGAGGAAGCAGUUUUAUCAAAUGGGAAACAGCAUGAACUCUACUGGCUCUGGCAAGAGCAGUACAACUGUAUCUAGUGUUUCAGAAUUAUUGGACCUUUAUGAAGAAGACCCUGAGGAUGUUCUGUUUAAUCUUGGAUUUGGAACAGAUGAACCUGACCUUGCAUCUAAAAUUCCAUGUCGAUUUUUUAAUGCUGCAUCAUUUGCAAGAGGAAUCGAUUUUAAACUAUUUUUAGAUGCUCAAAUGCAACGUAUGGAAUUGGACAAUCCAAAUUUUGCUCUUACAAGCCGGUUCCGCCAGAUUAAAGUUCUCACCACAGUGGCCAAUGUAUUCUCUUCACUGUAUUCUCAAGUUUCUGGUGCUCCCAUAAAAAGGAUUGGCAGUAUGACUGAAGACCCAGCUGCAGGUGAAGCUCCUGCAAUUGGAAACAGUGCAGCUGGUAGAUUAAAGAAGACCGUAUCAAACCUCAAUUUGCUUGGGCCUCUGCAGGUAAAAAGAACAGAAACAAGCAAUCAAGCAGAAUCACCAGAUACAGAAAAUUCUAAAGCAUCCCAGUCUUCCGGAACUAAUGAAAACAUUACUGACAAUGAGAAGAAAGAGGAAGUAAAGCAAAAGAAAGAAGCAAGAUUGCAGAAAUGGCGUAAAUUGACCGACUCUUCAUUGAGAACAGUAACUGAAGAAGUGAUGGGUGGAAGUGAUAAUCCUUUUAGCCCCUCAGAACCUAAUCCUCAGGGAGCUGCGUGCAACAUAACUGAUAAAACUGAAUCCAUGCAGAGUGGGGCUGUUUCCACUGAAGAAGGAUCAUGGAACCACUUGCAUGACAAGAGUGGAAUCUCUGAUUCUAUUAAUACUGAAGACUUGAAUACAUCCACAAACAUGGAACUUGAAGCAAUUGAUGAGCAGACAUCUGUCCCCUCACAAGAAAGUGCAGAGAUUGUGAACACGAGACCAGUGUGUUCAACUCCUGACAAAGGGCCUGCUGCUGCUGUUCAGCAUCCACUGGUCAAAACUCUGAUGGAGGAGCAAAAGGAAUUCUCAUUUGAUUUGGAAGAGGUUCAAAGCAACGAAGGUGAAGGGACAAAUGUUCCAGCAACUAAAAACCCUGCUCCACAUGACAGAGUUUCAGCAGCCAAUAAAAAACAUUUUACAAGGACCAGCAGUUCCCAUUCUGAUAGUAGUGGCUUUGCAGAAGAUCCAUCCUCCGACUUGGCUGGACAGUGUCAGGGGCCAGAUGGUUACCUGCAAGCUAUGGGGAGCAGUGCUGACAGCUGUGACAGUGAGACAACAGUCACAACAUUGAUCGAUGACCUUAAGACUCCACUGAGUUGUGACCAACAGUUUUUCACUCCAUUUCAAACACCAGUGGAAAAUAUGACUCUGGAUCUUAAAGAAACAAUUUUAGAUUUGAAAGCAGAGUUAAUUCCUGAUGCUGUGGUUGAUUCACACGAACAAGGAGAAGUGGUUUUGAAUGACUGCAUUGACUGCAAGGAAGCUGCUGGUGUAGGCAAUUCUAUACAGCCAGGUGAACAGAGGGCUUUGGGUUUUACUGGCAAAGAAUAUUCAUCACAAGAUGAGAUGGAGCUGUACCCAGAAAGUGAUAUGAAGUGGGAAAGCGAGAGUGAUAUUCCUACAUACUCUGUGCAUCAUAGAGUUGGACGAAGGCAAGACCGCUUGGAACCUGCUGCUUUAAAUACAAAUGUUGCUGAAACAAUGAACUUUUCCUCUAUUUCAAUAGAUAAAAUUACUACAGUACUUGAGAGAGCUAAAACAAAAACCUAUUCUGUCUCAAGCACCUCUGGAAGAGCAAGGCGUCCAGUGACCAAAGCAAGCGAUCGAAUAAUGAGAGAGGGGGAGGGCUUGCCCAAGAAUGAAUCUCUCGCAGCGAUGAAGCGAUCUACUUUUCAAAGAUCCAGUUCACUCCCAACUACGCUGCUCAGCCCAGUGCGAGUUGUGUCGUCAUUAAAUGUGCAGUUGACGCCAGAAAGUGGCUCACGAUGCAGUUCACCCUGUUUUACUUACAAAUAUGCUGCUCUGAGGGAAAAGGAGAUGCCUGUUAAUGAUGAAAAUGAGCAGUCAACUUGCCGAUCAAUGCUUUUUAUCCCAUCUACAAAAAGAGAGAGCAGAAAACAAUUCACUUUGAACAGGCAUGAUGAAACGCCGCAACAUAGGUUAAGUUCACAGUCAUCGAUGCCAUCACAUUUGACACACUCUUGCUGUUCCCUUCAUACACUUCCUUCAGAUUGGCAAGGCCAACCUCUGUGUGAUCACAUGAGAACCAGGAGUAUGUGCAGUCUUCCCAACCUCAUUGAACCUACUUGCGCAAUAUGUACAGCACCUUUUGGACAUUUAUCUCCUCAGAGACCCAUGGCACACUCUUAUCAUCAUAUUCCAAUAAAUCCUCCAUCUGCUAUUGAAUCACAGCUCCGCAGAGUCCUUAAUGAGAUUAGAAGCACAGUGCAGAAUCUUGCUCGGAUCCCAAUCUUUCAGGGGAGAGAUCAGCUCUUCCCUUACUAUACUUCAUCAAGAUUAGGCCUUUUACCCUUCUACGAAACUACAUAUCAAGAGCUGCAGAUAAUGAGAAGGAAUCUGAACUUUUUUAGAACACAGAUGAUGGACUUGGAAUUUGUCAUGCUGAGGCAGCAAACUCUAGUGUAUCAGCACUUAACUGAUGAGGAGAGACAAGAGGCUGACCAACUGCAAAAUCUUCGGAACUGUGUGCGUAUGGAGCUGCAAGAGCUGGAAAUGCAGCUGGACGAGCGAUCGUUUGCUCUGGAGGAUCAGCUCAAAGCCCCAAACCAGUAUACCAUGUUCAAUCCUCCAUCUCGUGCUAGGGCAUACACUCAUAACACAGAUACCAUGUCUUCCUCCUCUCUCAAUGUAAUGGAACCGGUGACUGAGCUUUUGAGGGAGCAGUCUUACCUUCGAUCUGAACUAGGGUUCUCUGAACCUUCAGGAGAUGAGUGUGAGUACCCACAAUCCUACUCUACACCUUACACCAACUUGGAGUCAACUUCACGCUGUUCUAGCCCAGGCCGGAUGUCUAGGUAUUCAAGCUCUUUGGGUCAUGGUCAUCAAGGUGUACCAAGCACUACUGUACAGUAUGGAAAACCGGCAAACCUAGCUACCUCAUCAUCGCAAACCAAACAGGUAUAUCGUUCUUCAGUUAUGCUGACUCCCUCAACGCCUGCCCGAGUUGAACAGGGAGAGCAGUUUACAGAAGACCGAUGUUCACCAGGAGUUGAGGUCCUGAAAUCGGUCGGCGAAAAGUCUGAACUGAAAGGAGCUACAGCAGCGCCUAUUGCUAAGGAAGCAAGAAGCAAUAUCGUGGACCAUCCAGAAUUCCAGAAUGUUCUACAAGAGAUAAAAGAAUCACUUGCUGGAGAAAUAAAGCGAGAAAUUAUGGACGGGCUUCUAGCUGCGAUAUCUCCAACCGGUAGCUCUGCUGUUGGGCAAAGGGAAGAGUUCUCGUAACUCCAUGUUUUCAAGGAGAAAUUUCCUGGUUGUGGCCUGGUUUCAAAAGAAGCUGUCUUCAACACAGCCAAAAACACACUUCACUUUUGCUACUUGGAAUACUGGCUUCUAACCGCUCAUGUUGGUGAAACAUACCUAGCAGAUGCAUUCGACUUAGAUAUGCGGUGCUUCAGGAGAUGCUAUUGCUGCUGAGAUGGGUUGCUUUUAUCUAGUCAAAUUUCAGAACAGCUCCUUAUAUGCAAAUCCUAAACUGUACUUUGUGUAUUUGAUUAAGUGCUUCACCUAGCUAAAAUUGUUUUAAAAGCGGUUAACUCAAAUGUAAUAGGUGUAACAUGUAAAGGACUUAAAUUUAUUCUAAUAUUUGUUAGUGUCUUGCUGUUAGAUAUUUACCUCUAGUAAGGUUAAAACUUGAAAUUCCACUUUUAGUUAAAGAUUAAGCCAAUUACAUGUGCUGUAACACUAGUGUGGAAAUUUGUUUAUCAUUUCCUUCUUGAAGCACUGACCUCUAUGAGGUAUUCCCUGUGCAAUAACUGUUUUACGUGGCAAACUUGAAUUGACAAAUGUAUCUUUACUACUGUUUGUAAUCACAUCACCCUUAAUAUCUGUGAAACAUUCAGUCUACUACAUUUUAGCUUGAGAAAAAAAAACUUUUGUCAUUAGGUUUUAAAAAAGGAGGUUAGAAGGCAUCUAUCUGAGUGCUACAAACUGGUUUAAGGGUGGUCUUACACUGUAUUUUAUAAGCUUUAAGUAUUUAAUUAAUUUGAUAAUCUUGAAUUUAUUUGUAAUUUUGAAUGGGUGCAGUAACAGGGUUGGGGUGCAAGAAUACUUAAGUGCCUAAAGCUUUUUUCUAAUUUGUACUUGAUACAUUAUACUAUCGUACAUGUAUUUACUAAAAGUGUGUGAUGGUUCUUGUUUAUGGAAUGUAUGCUAAUGGAAAUUGUAUAAGAGUUUAACUUGGGAUGCAUGUGGAAUGUAUUGAAAUCACUAAUAAAUAUUUAUUUUAAAUAUAAA